GUGAUUCUUUCAAUCCCUUCUAUCCCCGAGGUACCUCUGUUGAUUCUUCGUCUAUUGUAUUUCAUCAGCCUCUCCUUCGCUCAAGGCAUCGUGUGCACGGAUCGAUACGUAAGCCAACGUUUCCUGGUGCUGCAACGCAUACCUGUCUCCUUUAACAGAACACGAUGGCAUCCGUAUUCCGACCCGGCUCUCUCGCUUUGAUCACAGGCUCUGCCUCGGGGGUGGGGUUCGCAUUCGCCCAACACUGUCGUCGACAGGGCAUGCACCUCGCGUUGAUCGACAACAACGGCAGUGCCUUGCAGAAGGCAUCCCAGGUUCUUCAAACGACCAGCAGCACAUCCAAAGGCUCCGAAACACUCCAAACGCUCACUUACGAAAUGGACGUCUCUGACUCAUCGGCCUGGUCCAAGGUGAAAUCUGACCUGUCUCAGAAAUUCACGGCCAUCGACCUCCUCAUGCUCAACGCCGGCAUGUCCAUCCGCACGACCCAACCUUGGUCGGACGCCGACUACUUCCACAAGACGUUUGGGGUCAACUUCUUCGGCAUCGUCCACGGCCUGACCACGUUCCUCCCCAUGGUCCAAAAGGCUUCGGGCCCGUCGGCCGUCGUCCUCACGGGUUCCAAGCAGGGCAUCACCAACCCUCCCUCGAACCCGGCCUACAACGCGACCAAGUCGGCCGUCAAGACCGUCGCGGAGCAACUCGCCUACGACCUGCGGACGGAGUCGUCGUCGAUCUACAACCCCCGAGUGUCGGUCCACCUGCUCGUGCCCGGGUGGACGUUUACCGGACUCAGCGGGAACCAAGGUCCUGUGCCGGAUGAAGAGGCGCUGAGUAAGAAGCCCCGCGGCGCGUGGUUGGCGAGUCAGGUGUGCGAGUACGGGGUCAAGAAGAUGGCCGAGGGGAAGUUCUACAUCAUCUGCCCGGACACGGACGUCGACGAGGCCCUCGACCAGGCCAGGAUGACGUGGGGUGCCGGUGACGUGGUCGAGGGACGAAGUCCGCUCAGUAGGUGGGACGACAAGUACAAGAACGAGGCGGCGGACUGGAUUGCCAAGGAAGCCAGUAGGAGGAGAGGGCAGUAGGGAGCAGAAAGUCACAAUAGUCGGAAACAACAUAUUUGUGACCGGAGACUGUCCCUCUCAAACACCACACUGCAAACGUUUGGUCAAGAAACUGCAGUCUACUCCAUAGACAAGUAAGCAUCUCCUUUCCGAAUGUGCUUGACCGGCAUCAUUCCGUCAACCUCAGAAAAACCAAGGCUCUAUCGUAUAGGCUUUUCCAGCCUUGACAGAAAUAUCAUGAGAGCUCUUUAGCCCUCCUUCACAACGCUCUGCUCAACCUCCCUCCUACGCCUCAGUUACGUGUAAAGCGCCGUCCUCCGGCUUAUCUUUAGCUUCUUCCGUCGCUGGGCGUGACGAGCAUGGAAGAAUCGCUAGCUCACGUCUUUCGUCAUCGUCACUCUUAAGCCGGGGAUUCUCACGGUGACGGCGUCAACGAUUGAGUCGACCUGGAAAAUGAAUUCAUCGAGAGCUUGCCCACCAUAAGUCAACUGGUCGACGUUGUCCCACGCUUCGGUAGCUUGUCCAAAGAGCUGGGGGACACCACCCAUUUGAGCGACUGUGAGACCGGACUUUGGACUGUGAUCCGUCAAGAACACCGCUCGUAGCCUCAGCUCCCUGCCAUCCUCUGAGAGAAUGGCCGGGUAAAGCCGUACAGAUAGGAGACUCCCGCUGCCGGUAGAACGUGAGUAGUCGUCCGCCACCUGCAGAAAAUCAACCCCGUUGCUGAACCAUCUUCGAACCUCGAGGCC